GUGUCAUCGAAAGGGGGCCAGCUCAAAUAAAUAUGGCGUCAGAGGAAAACGUUGUUAUGGAAAGUCCAGGUCGCCGCACACGUUCUGGUCGCAAGGCCGCACCACCGGCUGCAUCGCUACCGACGAGAAGCACCCGACGCACAUCCAAGCGGAACGCGCAGGUAAGUGACCACGAAGAGGAACCUGAAGAGCAGGCUGCUGAGGUGAUCAUGAUUCUGGAUGAUGAGGAGCCCUCGGCCACCGAAGAGGCACCCGCUUUGGAGCCCCAGUUUGAGGAGACACAGCUUCAGCUGGACGACGACGUGGAGAUGCUCACGCCCGCUGAAACCGGCGGCGUAGAUGAAAAGAGCUCUUCCUUUCCGUUUGGCACGGUGGCGGAGCAACAUUCAGAGACUAGCGAUGACAUCAAGGAGAGUCGCGGUCAGGCUGGCGUGGACACACUUCUGGCUUCCAUGGCCGGCGACAAUGCCAAUAGUUUGCCCUCCGUGGGUGGAAACGAUGAGAGUGACAACGCCAAGAAGGCGGACUUUGAGUACAAUGUGGAGGCCCUGCAGCCUCAGGCAGAGAAACUGAAUUCGUCCGAGGACUCUAGCUCACACCAUGCAAUAGCCGAGGAUCUGGCCGAUGAGGCGGACACAAGCAAUGCCACCAUUGUCAACACAGAGAUAAUCUCCGAGGAUGAACUUCCUCCGCCCAGCAAGCCGGAGAUCAACGAUGCCGAGGAAGUGUCGGACGAAGAGCUGCCGGCCCCGCAGCGAGCUGAGUUGCCAGCGGAUGCCGAGGUAAUCUCCGAGGAUGAGCUGCCCACCCAUAAUAACAAUAACACCGCCAGCGAGCCCAAGGCUGCAGUGAAACGCAAGGCGGAAGAAGAAACCGAUAAGAGCACUGAAGAUAAGGAAACGAUCAGCGCUGAAACGAGCACAAAGGAAAAGUCUGAAGAGCAGUAUAAUCCGGGAAGUCCCACGUCAGAGAGCAACGAUGCCCAGCCCUUGGAGAAAAAAGUCAAGGUUGAUGAAUCCCUACCCAAAGACAAGAAGAAGGAAAAAGAGCGCGAUAAGGAUAAAGAUAAGGAGCCGGAGAAAAACAAAGAGAAAGAUAAUGAGAAGGAGAAGGAGCGCAAAAAGCUGCCGGACCUAGAUAAAUACUGGAGGGCAGUCAAAGAGGACGUCACCGACUUUACCGGCUGGACGUACUUACUGCAAUAUGUGGACAGUGAGUCUGAUGCGGAGGCUGCUCGCGAGGCCUACGACACAUUCCUGUCCCACUAUCCCUACUGCUAUGGCUACUGGCGCAAGUACGCCGACUACGAGAAGCGCAAGGGCAUCAAGGCCAACUGCUACAAGGUCUUUGAGCGCGGCCUGGAGGCGAUACCGCUGUCGGUGGAUCUUUGGAUCCACUACCUGAUGCACGUAAAGGCCCAUCAUGGAGAGGACGAGCAGUUCAUCCGUGCCCAGUACGAGCGAGCGGUGGUGGCAUGUGGCCUGGAGUUCCGUUCGGACAAGCUCUGGGAUGCCUACAUUCGCUGGGAGAACGAGUCGAAGCGCUACAAUCGCGUAGUCCAGAUCUACGACAGGCUACUAGCCAUACCCACCCAAGGCUAUAAUGGCCACUUUGACAAUUUCCAGGAUGUGAUCAAUCAACAUGCUAUAACCAGCACAAUUGAGAACGAGGAGCUGAUCCGUCUGCGCAAAGAAUUUCACGAGCGUCAGCAGAGUAAAUCCUCCAAGUCUUCGUCCAAACAUCGACGCGACAGUAGCAGCAGCAAGGACAAGGACAAGGAGUCCAAGGAGAAGCGCGAAUCUGGCGGCGGCGGUGGCGGGGCUGGUAAGUCGCCAAAAGAUACUAGUGAAACUCAUGUAGAUGAAUCAGAUAGUACUACCGAUCUGACCGAAAGCGAGUCACCGCCUGCAGCUCCAAAGGCGGCGCUUCAGAUCGAUUUCAGUGAUCUUAGCACGCUGAACGACGAGGAGGUAGCUAGCAUCAAGGACAGGGCAAUUUCCGCUCGCCGCAAGAUUCACAAAGUGACUGUGAACGCAGUCACCGCACGCUGGUCCUUCGAGGAGGGCAUCAAGCGUCCAUACUUCCAUGUGAAGCCCCUCGAACGAGCACAGCUCAAGAACUGGAAAGACUACCUAGACUUUGAAAUUGAAAAGGGCGAUCGUCAACGUGUCCUGGUUCUCUUUGAGCGAUGCCUAAUCGCCUGCGCUUUGUACGACGAGUUCUGGCUGAAAAUGCUGCGUUAUCUGGAGUCUUUGGAAGACCAGAGUGGGGUUAUUGAUCUUAUGCGCGAUGUUUACCGUCGAGCCUGUCGCAUUCAUCAUCCGGACAAGCCCAGUCUGCAUCUUAUGUGGGCCGCCUUCGAGGAGUGUCAGCUGAACUUUGAUGCCGCCGCCGAAGUUUUGGAGCGCAUCGAGCAGCGUUGUCCCAAUCUCCUGCAGCUCGCCUAUCGCCGGAUCAAUGUGGAGCGACGUCGGGGAGCGCUGGACAAGUGUCGCGAGCUGUACAAGCACUAUAUAGAGAGUACAAAGAACAAGGGCAUUGCCGGCAGUCUGGCCAUCAAGUAUGCCCGUUUCCUCAACAAAAUCUGCAAUGAUCUCGAUGGCGGAGUGGCUGCUCUGCAGCAAGCGCUGGAACGUGAUCCGGCCAAUACUCGUGUGGCCCUGCAGAUGAUUGAUUUGUGCCUGCAGCGACCGAAGGUAGAUGAGCAGGAGGUGGUCCAGAUUAUGGAUAAGUUUAUGGCCCGAGCGGACAUCGAAGCCGAUCAGAAGGUCCUGUUUGCCCAGCGUAAGGUCGAGUUCCUCGAGGACUUUGGCAGCACUGCCAAGGGUCUGCAAGAUGCCCAGCGCGCCCUGCAGCAGGCUCUGACCAAAGCCAACGAAGCUCAAAAGAAGGGUGAUAGCAGUCCCAGUCGCAAAAACUCGUCAGCAGGCAGCAAGGAAGGUGCUCCCCCCUCCGGAUCAUCGUCCUCGGCGGUUGCCUACAACAAUGGUGGAUCGGCAGCCGCAGGCUACAACUAUGGAGCAGCCAAUGCCUACUACGGCCAGCAGAAUGCCGGAGGAGGUCCUUAUCCCCCGCAGCCGCCGCAGCAGCAGGCGUCGUACGACUCGUACUACAAUCAGUGGGGCUUCGGACCAGGAGGUGCCAGCGGCAGUAGUAGUGGUGGCUACAACUACGGCCAAUGGAGCGGCUAUGGCAAUUACUAUUGAGAUCCUUGCCUACAUCCACCUAACUCACCCCUGUAUUUCUAAGACGCCCCAACUCGUUUAAUUUUGCCUUGCUGCUCUGUUAAGUUAUAGACAUCUAACUGUAAUUUUUUAUCGAUUCCUAAUUAUACAUAUGGAUAUGUACUGUACGAUACUUUGAUUGGGCCCACAAAACAGCCCCAUAUUGCGUGAAAUAAAUGAUAUCAGCUUAAUCGGUC